GAGCAGGGCGUCGGGGAGCCGGAGCAGAGGAGCUCUCUCCUCCUCCCCGCGGGCGCACGCCCCGCCCGGCCGGCAGAGCAGCGCUACGGCCAAGGCCACCUCCCCCGGCAGGCGCUGCCCUGACCUCCCGCAGGGAGCCGCCAUGUCCCCAUUCCUCCGGAUUGGCCUGUCUAACUUUGACUGCGGGUCCUGUCAACAGUGCCAGGGGGAGGCCGUCAGCCCCUACUGUGCUGUGCUGGUCAAGGAAUUUGUGGAAUCAGAAAAUGGACAGAUGUAUGUCCAGAAAAAGCCGACAAUGUACCCACCCUGGGACAGCACCUUUGAUGCCCACAUCAACAAGGGCAGGGUGAUGCAGAUCAUUGUCAAGGGCAAGAACAUGGACCUCAUCUCCGAGACCACCGUGGAGCUCUACUCACUGGCUGAGAGGUGCAGGAAGAACAACGGGAGGACCGAGAUAUGGCUAGAGCUGAAACCUCAGGGCCGAAUGCUAAUGAACGCGAGGUACUUUCUGGAAAUGAGUGACACCAAGAACCUGAGUGAAUUUGAGUCCGAAGGCUUCUUCGCCCUGCACCACCGCCGGGGCGCCAUCAAGCAGGCCAAGGUCCACCAUGUCAAGUGCCACGAGUUCACGGCCACUUUCUUCCCACAGCCCACCUUCUGCUCUGUCUGCCAUGAGUUUGUGUGGGGCCUGAACAAGCAGGGCUACCAGUGCCGACAAUGUAACGCAGCGAUCCACAAGAAGUGCAUUGACAAGGUCAUCGCCAAGUGCACAGGCUCAGCCGUCAACAGCCGGGAAACCAUGUUCCACAAGGAGCGGUUCAAAAUCGAUAUGCCGCACCGCUUCAAGGUCUACAACUACAAGAGCCCCACCUUCUGCGAGCACUGUGGGACCCUGCUGUGGGGGCUAGCGCGACAGGGGCUCAAGUGUGACGCAUGUGGCAUGAACGUGCACCACCGGUGCCAGACCAAGGUAGCCAACCUCUGCGGAAUCAACCAGAAGCUGAUGGCGGAGGCACUGGCAAUGAUCGAGAGCACACAGCAGGCACGCAGCUUGCGGGACAGUGAGCACAUCUUCCGAGAAGGCCCGGUGGAGAUCGGUCUCCCCUGCUCCAUCAGGAGUGAACCCAGGCCUCCAUGUGCACCAACCACAGGGAAGAGAGAGUCGCAGGGCAUCUCUUGGGAGUCUCCUCCACUGGAUGACUUGGAGAGGGUCUGCCCUCGUCCGGAACCUGAGCUGAAUGUAGAAAGACCAGCUCUGCACACCAAACUGAAAAUCGAGGAUUUCAUCCUGCACAAAAUGUUGGGGAAAGGAAGCUUUGGCAAGGUCUUCCUGGCAGAGUUCAAGAAGACCAAUCAGUUCUUUGCCAUCAAGGCCCUGAAGAAGGACGUGGUGCUGAUGGACGACGACGUGGAGUGCACCAUGGUAGAGAGGCGCGUGCUUUCUCUGGCCUGGGAGCACCCCUUCCUCACUCACAUGUUCUGCACCUUCCAGACCAAGGAGAAUCUCUUCUUCGUGAUGGAGUACCUCAACGGGGGCGACCUCAUGUACCACAUCCAGAGCUGCCACAAGUUUGACCUCUGCAGAGCCACGUUCUAUGCUGCUGAAAUCAUCCUGGGGCUGCAGUUCCUCCACUCCAAAGGGAUUGUCUACAGGGACCUGAAGCUGGACAACAUCCUGCUGGACAGGGACGGCCACAUCAAGAUCGCCGACUUCGGGAUGUGCAAGGAGAACAUGCUGGGGGAUGCCAGGACCAACACCUUCUGUGGGACCCCUGACUACAUUGCCCCUGAGAUCCUGCUGGGUCAGAAGUACAACUGCUCAGUGGACUGGUGGUCCUUCGGUGUGCUGGUCUACGAGAUGCUCAUCGGCCAGUCGCCCUUCCACGGGCAGGACGAGGAGGAGCUUUUCCACUCCAUCCGCAUGGACAGCCCCACCUACCCCCGCUGGCUGGAGAAGGAGGCCAAGGACCUGCUGGUGAAGCUCUUCGUGAGGGAACCCGAGAAGAGGCUGGGGGUGCGGGGAGACAUCCGGCAGCACCCACUGUUCCGGGAGAUCAACUGGGAGGAGCUGGAGAGAAAAGAGAUUGAGCCGCCCUUCAGGCCCAAAGUGAAAUCCCCGCAGGACUGCAGCAACUUCGACAAGGAGUUCCUGAACGAGAAGCCCCGGCUGUCCUUUGCUGACAGGGCGCUCAUCAACAGCAUGGACCAGAACAUGUUCCGGAACUUUUCCUUCAUGAACCCGGGCAUGGAGCGCCUCAUCUCCUGAACCCAGCCCUGGAUACCUCCUGGGCAAAGACAAGAAACACUGCGCAGUGUGGCCUGGCCCACUCGUACCCGUGACCGGCGCCACCCAGGGCUCUGUCCUCCUGAGCACAGCUGUCACCAGGGGACGGUUCCCACCUGUGGAAAGCCGGGCCAGUGGGCCCAGGAGACACCCCUGCAGAUGGGGUGAACUGCCUGGUGGCUCCCCAGUUCCCUCGGCCAUAGACAGUCACCACAAACCCAUUUUUGUCAUAGCAGCAGAAGUGUAAAUGGGGGUGGGGGAGCCCCAAUUGGUUUGGAUGGGAACCCUUGACAAUAAACCUCACCUGAACUGUG